AGCUGGUCACAACGGGUGAGUCAUAAAGAGAAAGCUGGAGCUGGGGGAUGCUGGAGGGAGAUGAAAGGAAGGCUGAUUCACAGAACCCAGGCUGGACAGCACUCAUUUUCAGAACCCAGGCUGGACGGGACUUGUGGCGAGCAGUCCAGCACAGCCUCACAGUGCGGAGCGUGAGCUGUGGAACCUGCCCUUACCCUAGCUUUGCAACCUUAAGUGAGUCUCAUAGCUUCUCAUGUAUAAACUGCUCAUCAUAAUGGUUCUGACCUCAGUGGUUUGUUGUGUUAUAGGAAAUGAUGACAGUGAAUGCAUAGUCGCAGCUUCAGCACAGGGCAGCCACCUUGAAGCUCUCAAAUAUCACGGUUGUGAAUACAGAGAAGGAAAACCAACUGUAACGUGCUACCCAAAUAUAAGUUUUACUCAUAUUUUGAUGUUAGGAUGGACAGCUUGCAAAAAGUUGGAGGGUAUGGCCUUUAUUAUGAGGCAUCUAUGAAGAAUCAGGAAUGGAUGUAGACAAGGAACUAGUAAUGGAAACUGUUAAAGCUGGAGCCCCUGGAAAACCAGAAAUGAGGCUGGGCUCUCAGGAAGAAACAAAUGAAGGUGAUGCUAAUGAAAGUUCAUUACAAGUCCUGUCCAGCAAUGUGCCUCUCCUGGCCCUAGAGUUCUUGGACACAGUCCAGGCCAAAGAGAAGGCCUUUCUCCCCAUGGUCAGCCACACGUUCCACAUGCCCACAGAAGAGUCUGGUGCUCCACAGGAGGGUGAUGACCUACCGAAGUCCUCAGCAAACACCAGCCAUCCCACAGCAGGGUGACAUCCCAAGUCCCCAGAAGCAAACACGCCCACGGAGGGUGACAUCUGCCGAUCAGAAGAAACCAACCAACUCCCAAGAAGGACGACCUCCCCAAAAGUCUCAGAAGAAGUCAAUCAAACCAAAGAGGGUGCAGCUCCCCAACAAGUCCUCAGCAAACCUAUCCAGUCCAAGCGUGGCAUAUUCCAAGUCCUCAAUCGAACGCCCAUCCAGCGACAGAUGGUGACCAUCCCCAAGUCCCCAGCAAGAAAGCUCCGCCCCAAGGCAGGUGACAUCCUCAAGUCCCCAGAAGAAGCCGUCCAGCCCAAGGAGGGUGACAUCCCCAAGUCCCCAGAAGAAGCCAUCCCACCCAAGGCAGGUGACAUCCUCAAGUCCCCAGAAGAAGCCAUCCAGCCGAAGGAGGACGACAGCCCCAAGUCCCCAGAAGAAGCCAUCCCACCCAAGGAGGAUGACAUCCUCAAAUCCCCAGAAGAAGCCGUCCAGCCGAAGGAGGGUGACAUCCCCAAGUCCCCAAGCAUCCAGCCCAAGGAGGGUGACAUCCCCAAGUCCCCAGAAGAAAGCAUCCAGCCGAAGGAGGAUGACAGCCCCAAGUCCGUAGAAGAAACCAUCGCACCCAAGGAGGGUGACAUCCUAAAGCCUGAAGAAGAAACAACGGAGUUCCUGGCGGGGGACAAGGUGAAAGUGAUCCUGAGCAAGGAGGACUUUGAGGCAUCACUGAAGGAGGCUGGGGAGAGGCUGGUGGCUGUGGACUUCUCGGCCACGUGGUGUGGGCCCUGCAGGACCAUCAAACCGUUCUUCCACGCCCUGUCUAUGAAGCAUGAGGACGUGGUGUUCCUGGAGGUGGACGCUGACGACUGUGAGGAGGUGGUGAGAGACUGCGCCAUCAUGUGUGUCCCAACCUUUCAGUUUUAUAAAAAAGAAGAAAAGGUGGAUGAGUUUUGCGGCGCCCUUAAGGAAAAACUUGAAGCAGUCAUUGCAGAAUUAAAGUAAACAUGUAUUCUGAAAA